UCCGAUCAAGUUCAUCAAACUCCAAACCCUCAAACAUUCCCCAAAACACUUCGUUCUAGGGCACUCAGCUACCCUUACACAACUCCCCUCCAUUGUUCAAGAGUCAACCCACACUCAGCGAACGUCGACAAUUCCACACUUCAAUCUACCUGUUCAGUACUUCACCAGUCAACCCACUCCCACAACUUCAAUCAACCAUGUCUACCAUCGUGGAGAAAGUCUCUGACGCCGUCAACGACGUUACUGCCGCUCUUGGCAAUGCAACCAUUUCCGACAAGCCUGAUACCGACAAGUCUGCCGCUCACAGCGACGCCGUCCUGGCCAGCGCUGCUGAGGGUCGCAGACUCUACAUCGGAAACCUCGCGUACGCGACGACCGAGGGGGAGUUGCAAAGCUUCUUCAAGGGAUACCUAAUUGAAUCCACCUCUAUCCCCAAGAACCCACGCACCGACCGUCCUGUUGGAUACGCCUUCGUCGACCUUUCUACCCCAACCGAGGCUGAGCGUGCUAUCGCUGAACUCUCAGGCAAGGAGAUUCUCGACCGCAAAGUCUCUGUCCAACUUGCUCGCAAGCCUGAAGCCAACGCCGCCGAGAAGACAGAGGGAGCUGCGAGUGGAGGUGAGGGAGUUUCUGGAGGUGAAGGUGGUCGCCGUCGCCCAGCAGGCCGUGGACGUGGCCGUGGACGCGGUCGUGGAGGCCGUGGUGGUCGUGCCAACCGUGGUUCCCGAGGUGAGGAAGGUGCGGAGGUCCCAUCUGCAGAGGUCCUUCCCUUGACCGAGACAACCAACCAAGCCACCGAGAGCAAGGAACCUAAGGAGGCAAAGGACAAGGAGGCCAAGGCACCAGCUAACCGUGCUCCCCGUGAACGUCGUGAGCGUGGCCCACCUGCUGAUGGUAUCCCAUCCAAGAACAAGGUCAUGGUCGCCAACCUUCCAUAUGAUCUCUCUGAGGAGAAGCUCAAGGAACUUUUCGCCGCCUAUGAGCCAUCCUCCGCCAAGAUCGCCCUCCGUCCUAUUCCCCGAUUCAUGGUCAAGAAGCUCCAGGCCCGCAACGAGCCCCGCAAGGGUCGUGGAUUCGGCUUUGUCACUCUUGCUUCUGAGGAGCAGCAACAAAAGGCCGUUUCUGAGAUGAACGGAAAGGAGAUUGAGGGUCGUGAGAUCGCCGUCAAGGUCGCUAUCGACAGCCCUGACAAGACCGAUGAGGAUGCCAAUGCUCCAGCUGCUGAGGCUGCCGAGGGCACCAACGGCACUGCUGAGACUGCUGCUUAAGCAGCUGUGUAUAACUUGUACGAUGGGAGAGUGCUUCAUGCGCACAGUCAAUUUCAGAUGCAUUGCCUUAUUCUGAUUUUUGGUCAUCGUCUCGUGUUGCGUUAUGGAGGCACUUUGAAGAUGGGGUUUGGUUCUUUGAUUACUCGAGGGACAGAUCCAGCUUCUAACGACUUUCUUUUUUCUAUUGAACCUGGGUCUCACGUCGGUGGAAAUAGUGCUGGCGUCACAGAUAUGCGGUCUCAAGGCUGAUUUCUUAACGACAACUGGAACUCCUCUUGCGUGGGAUCAUAGUUUCUUGAUGAAUCCUCAAAAAUGUCUUAUUACCAUUUCUCAAGCAUUCUCAGGGCUGUACACUAGAUUUUCCUUUCUGAUGUGCUCUCAUGGGAAGGAAAGGGAAAUGGAAAAGUUCUUCUUUGAUGAUACCAUCGCGCAUCCUCAUAAUUCAAUGGCUUUUGCAAAUCC